CCUCAAUAAAAACACAGUUCUGUUAAGGAUAUGGUUGAUGGGGAAUAUGGUGUGUCAUCCAUUAUUAUGAUCGCAUGCUCCACAUGCUGACUCCUCUCCAGUCAACACACGGGACGUGGGAAAUCCGCUGCGACUUCGCCGAUUGGCCCGCGCUCCUGUCAGUCACCGGGCCGGCUGGGCGGGCUCUGCUCGUCACCCACGUUAGUGAGUGACCGCUGAAUGAGCCUCAGUGUUUGACUUGGUUUGACAAGUUUCCCUGUGUGAUCAUGGCGCUCGGGCCGAGGAGCUAGUGGACGCUUCGUGUUUUCAGCUCCUGGCUCUUGAUGUACGGAGAGACGCGUUUGCCUGCUUUCUUUUUGUCUGUGCCAGCCCAUCCUCUGAGCGAUACGACCGCCGGGUCACAGUAACCCACCGUGGGAAGACGCACACAGCGGUUCAAGAUGGACAGCCUGUCGUUUGACGAUCCCUCGCUGGAUAACCUGGAUCCGUCGCUGACGCUGAGCGAUCCCAGCGAAAUUGACACGGCCCUGUUGAGCGACAUUGAUGAUAUGCUACAGCUCAUCAACAACCAGGACAUGGAGUUUGGAGGACUCUUUGAUAACCCACCAUACCCAGGACCCCCACUCCCUCAAGAGCUACCUAGUUUGACCCAGCCCAUCGCACCAGCUGCCCCACUAGCCACCACCACCACACCCCCAUCUUCCUCCUCCAUCCUAAGCAGCAACCCCCACCUGGAUGCACUUCUGGGCCCCCCCAUCACCCGUAGCUCCUCCACCCCAGACAAGGCCUUCCAGCCUCCGACUUUCCAGCAGUCCCCCUUGGCCCAGGUGCCCAGCUCCUCACCAAGGCAGCAGCCGGCGUCCCCGCAGCAGGCCCAGACCCUCAGACAACCCCAGGUGUCGCAGCCCCAGCCCAUUCUCAGCCCCUCUGCGCCAGCCCAGGCUGCUUCACCCCAUGGCUCCCCUGGAACGAGCCCAGUGUUCAGCUCCACACCCCAGGCUCUGUUCACCUCCCCUUCACCCCAGACUCCCUUCACCCCCCCUUCACCCCAGACUCCCUUCACCUCCCCUUCACCCCAGACUCUCUUCACCCCCCCUUCACCACAGACUCCCUUCACCCCCCCUUCACCACAGACUCCCUUCACCCCUCCUUCAACCCAGACCCCCUUCACUUCCCCUUCACCCCAGACUCUCUUCACCUCCCCUGCAACCCAGACUCCCAUGCAGCCCCAGCCCCAGCCACAACAUCAGGCCCAGGCUCAGUCUCAACAAGCCCGGAGUAACUUCAGCAGCCCCAUCUACACAACUGUCAGCCCCACCAGCAUCAGCAUACCCGCCACCAGUUUGUCGUCCUCGCCUCCGAACCUCCAGCCGGUGACCAUCCAUGCUCAGCUCCAAGGUCUGACCACCACCGCUUCUCUGCUGGCCACCACGACAAGCCAGCCCAUCCAAACCAUCGCACAACACGUUCAGCAAGUGCCGGUGUUGCUGCAGCCCCAGUUCAUCAAGGCGGAGUCUCUACUGCUGACCACCCUGAAACAUGACCCCUGCAUGGUCACUACAAUGGCCUCCUCCACAUCCCUGGCCAACAGCAACCCAGUACAAAGCCAUUCAAUACAAGCUUUUAUGGGCAGUGGCACCAUCCUGACCACCAUGCCAGUCAUGAUGGAUGCUGACAAGCUCCCAAUCAACCGCAUCGCCAUCAGCGGUAAGCCGCUUGGCCUGCCCCACAAGGGGGAGAAGCGCACGGCUCACAACGCCAUCGAGAAGCGCUACCGCUCCUCCAUCAACGACAAAAUUUUGGAGCUCAAAGACCUGGUGUCUGGUGCGGAGGCCAAGCUCAACAAGUCUGCAGUGCUGAAGAAAGCCAUCGACUACAUCCGCUACCUGCAGCAGACCAACCAGAAACUCAAACAGGAGAACAUGGCUCUUAAAAUGGUCACCCAGAAAAACAAGUCUCUCAAAGACCUGGUUGCCAUGGAGGUAGAUGGACCGGCUGAUAUGAAGAACGAGCUGCCGACCCCGCCGGCUUCUGACGUGGGCUCGCCGACAUCUUUCUCACACUGUGGCAGUGACUCAGAGCCCGACAGUCCGAUGGGGGAAGAGACCACGCCAGCUACGGGUGCAGUGGACAAAUCGACAGCAGGCAGCAGUGCUGGGGGAAUGUUGGACCGUUCCCGCAUGGCGCUCUGCACCUUCACCUUUCUUUUCCUGUCUCUCAACCCGCUGGCUGCUCUGCUCUGUUCAUCCGGCAGCAGCUCAACUGGAAGCGCUGCAGCCGGCACCACCCAUCACGCAGGCAGGAGCGUUCUGGGUGUGGAUAUUGCAGCGGAAUCAUGGGGCUGGAUGGACUGGAUGCUUCCAACUAUACUUGUGUGGCUUCUGAAUGGUAUUCUGGUGUCUGGUGUUCUGAUCCGUCUGCUGGUGUAUGGAGAACCUGUGACCAGGCCCCACUCUGGAUCCUCUGUUUUGUUCUGGAGGCACCGCAAGCAGGCUGACCUGGACCUUGCAAGAGGUGAUUAUGCCCAGGCCAGUCAGAACCUGUGGACGUGUCUAAAGGCUCUGGGUCGCCCCUUGCCCAUCUCCCAGUUGGACCUGGCCUGUGCUGCAUUGUGGUCUCUGCUCAGAUUCUGCCUCCAGCGGAUCUGGGUGGGCCGCUGGCUUGCUGCUAGAGCUGGAGGCCUGCGUUCUGACCGCCCCCUGCAGGAGGAUGCUUGCAAAAGCAGCCGUGACGCCGCCCUGGUUUAUCACCGUCUGCACCAGCUUCACAUGACAGGUAAAUUGAAUGGCAGCCACCUGUCAGCAGUGCACAUGGCUUUGAGUGCAGUGAACCUGGCAGAGUGUUCUGGCUCCUGUCUGCCUGUAGCCACUCUGGCUGAGGUCUACGUCUCUGCUGCUCUACGGGUCAAAGCCAGCCUGCCCAGGAUCCUGCAUUUCACCUCUCGUGCUUUCCUGAGCAGCGCCCGUCAGGCGUGCCUGUCGACCAGCGGCAGCGUGCCUCCGGCCAUGCAGUGGCUCUGUCACCCACUAGGUCACCGCUUCUUUGUGGACGGGGACUGGGCUAUUCGCAGCACUCCCAAAGAAAGCAUCUACAGCCAGGCCGGCAAUACAGUGGAUCCUCUGGCCCAGGUGACUCAGGCAUUCAGAGAGCACCUCCUGGAGAAGGCUCUGUACUGUGUGGCCCAGCCUCAUGGAGAGACCAGUCCCAGCCAGGGAGAGGGGGAGUACGCCGAUGCCCUGCAGUACCUCCAGCUGUUGAUUAGCGCAUCAGAUGCUGCUGGCGCAACAUCCCAGUCCUUUGCAAUCGGCUCCAACAUGGCUACUGUGACUGGCUGCGACCCGCACUCCAAGUGGUGGUCUUCUGUUGCUGUGGUUAUCAUCAACUGGCUCCAAGGAGAUGACGCUGCGGCGGAGAGACUGUAUCCGACUGUGGAGCACCUGCCCCGCAGUCUGCAGAAUGCAGAGAGUCUUCUGCCCAAAGCGUGUCUGAACACAUUCAGGGCAGUGCGAGCUCUGCUGUCCAAGCCAGAAAACUGUCAACUGAGUCUGAGCUACAGCGACAAGGCCAGCACUGUGCUCCGAGACAGCCUCAACCUAGGACCACACUGCCACAGCUCCAGCUUAGACAAGGUCAUCCAGUUGCUCUUGUGUGAUCUGCUGUUGGUGAUGAGGACCAACGUCUGGCGUCUUCAGCAACAAGGGGCCGGUCCAGCGGGGUCGGGGUCGGGGCCGGUGGGCACCAGUGGCCCAGCGGGGCUCCACCAGGCCUCUCCACCGGAGCUCCAGGGCUUUCAGCAAGAUCUCAGUUCCCUACGCAAGCUGGCGCACACCUUCAGACCUGCAAUGCGACGAUUGUUUCUCCAUGAAGCCACAGCCAGGCUGAUGGCGGGGGCCAGUCCCACCCGCACCCAUCAGCUCCUGGAUCGCUCGCUGCGACGCAGAGCAACCCCUGGGGCCAAGACAGAGGAGUGCGAGACGCGACCUGGCCAGCGGGAGCAGGCCGAGGCCGUGAUGCUGGCGUGCCGCUACCUCCCUCCCUCCUUCCUGUCGGCUCCCGGCCAAAGGGUAGGCAUGCUGGCAGAAGCGGCCCGCACCCUGGAGAAGCUGGGAGACAAGCGGACCCUCCACGACUGCCAGCAAAUGAUCAUCAAGCUGGGCAGUGGCACCACGGUCACCAACAGCUAGAGAGAGGGGAGAAGGGGAGGGGCAUGAGAGACAUGCUCGGACACUGUAUAUAGAAACAAACAUGCUCCCACAGACACACAACCACACAGUCCCUGGCAUUUUUGGCGUGCAGCCACAGAACAGAUUUAUUAUUCUAUACCGAUCCACAUCAACCGAACAGGAUCUUCUUCAUGGACUGCCUCUCCCACCGCCCCAACACCACAUCAGAAGGCACUUACCCUGUUCACACUCUUGUUGCUCCGGAGUAUUAUCACAAUAUAGGAAAAAAUGUUCCUCUCUUACCGAGCUGAGAGCUGAAUCCCCCCCACGAGAAAUUGAAUUGCAGUGCCACUGUUUUCCACAGAGAGGAGCCAUGAAGUCCUCCUGGUUGAUGGUGUGUCAAUGGUCUCUGAGUGAGUGAGUGAGUGAGUGAGCAUGUGUGUGUGGAGCGUGAAAGAGAUAUUAUCUCUGCAUUUGCUCGGCAUCGUCCCACCCCCAGUCUUUUUCGACACAGAUGCAUCCUCUACAGACAGGAGUGCUCAGUGGGUUGGAGUGGCGGGCUGCUCUGAUUGGCUGCAGAGUGAGGUGUCUCUCGAGUGGCCCAACUCGGAUUGGUCCAGCUGUGGGCUCGCACAGUGGGAGGCCGCUCCGCAGGUGGUCCAGAUAGUACUGAUCCCGUUUCACUGGGGCUGAUUUGAGGGGUCCCACUGCACAAGCUCCGUGUCUGUAUCUGCACUAUCCCCGAGAGGCUGAUUUCAUUAAGUAAUAAUAUGGCUUUAUGAGGUUAUUUUCAUAGAGGUCCAUGUUUUUUGUUUUGCUGUGUACAUAUUUUAAAAUUGUAUUUAUAAUCUGUAAGAACUUUAAUUAAGCAGUAUUUUUGCAUAAGCAGAGUGAAAAAUGCUCACAUUCUUCCCUGGAUUCAGUUUGAUUGGAAACUCCAAAUAAUGCAGCCACUGUGCUGUGUUGCCAUGGUGACGAGUGUCAACAUUUCGACCGUAUCAAGGUGAUAUUUGCGGCACGUCGUCUGACUCAGUUGACCUUUUUGCACUGUUGCACACGAAGGCAACUAUGAUAUCAUAAGACAUUUGGCAGAAUUCAAUUCUGGCAUCGCAGAGCGACAACUCAAACUACAACGUUAACCUUUUCCAGCGUAAUGACACAAGUCGGGCGGACAAUUUCAAAAUAAGAGACUGUUCUUUUCCAAAGAGGACCUGCAGUGCAUCUUGUCCUGUGUUUUUGUUUGUUUUGUUUGUAGCUUCAUCGCAAAGAGCAAUACUUGUUCUUCUGUCAUUAUAGUUUCAUGCUCCUAGAAAAACACUGUUUAUUACUUUUUAGACAAGUAUAAAAAGUAAAAAGUAAAACUUUGGCAUGUGUUGUUUCAUUUUGUCCCUGGAACGGUUUGUUUUUUUAUAGUGUGUCACUAAUGUGAAAGAUCGGCAGACUUUGGUUUGUGAUGAAUGUAAAGCAACCAACCACGUCUAAAGGUUCUGUUCACCCACAUCUUAUCAUCUCUCCCUUCAUCAUUUACUCUGAUGUAAAUAUUAAAACAUUUUGUAAAGAAGA